ACUGCUCUACAUCUCUGGAUCUUUCUUUCCUACUCCUCUGCUUCUGUAAAUCUCUGAUUGUGUUCUCCAAUCUGUCCACCUUCUUGUUUCUUAGUGACUGACACCAUGAGUUCGAAGCUGUGGACGGAGGAGCAGUUUAACUGUCCGGUGUGUCUGGAUCUCCCCAAUGAUCCUGUCACCAUCCCCUGCGGUCACAGCUACUGCAUGGCCUGCAUCAAGGACUACUGGAGCAAGGAUGACCCCAAGGGGAUCUACAGCUGCCCUCAGUGCCGCCAGACCUUCUGCCCCAAGCCCACCCUGUCCAGAAACACCAUGCUGGCUGAGGCUGUGGAGCAGCUCCGCAAAGGGGUCCCCAAAUCUGAGGUGCGGGAGUCGAUGAGAAGCGCCCGCGGGGUCUCCAGAUCCAAAGCGAAGCUGUCGUCCUCAGCUGUGCCGUGCGACAUGUGCAAAGGAGAGCAGCAGGCGGCGGUGAAGAGCUGCCUGGUGUGUAUGAGCUCCUUCUGUGAAGCCCACCUGAAGCCCCACAAGACCAAGAAGGCCCUGAAGGAGCACGAGCUCAUAGCGCCCACAGGGAACCUGGCUGACAAGAUCUGCACCCAGCACAAGUACCUGCAGGAGUUCUUCUGUCGCCAGUGCAAGAUGUUCGUCUGCUGGCUGUGCACCAGCAACCAGCAUAAAGGCCACGAGUGUGUGUCCACCAAGGCUGAGCGCCUGGAGAGACAGAAAGUGCUGUCGGAGAUGCAGGCAGAGAACCAGCAGAAGCUGAAGGACAGAGAGCAGGAGCUGAAAGACAUGAAGAAGAUGAUAGAGGUGGUGAAGCGCUCUGCAGACCGAGUGCACGAUGACAGUGAGCAGGUUCUGUCGGAGCUUCGGCGCUCAGUGGAGCGUCUGCAGGAGCUACUGGAGGAGGUUCUGGAUCAGGGCAGUCUGGAGAAGCUGGGUCAGGCCCAGGAGGUGGCCGACAACCUAGAGGCUGAGAUCAAGGAGCUGAAGAGGAGGGACACUGAGAUGAAGGACCUGGUGCGCUGUGAAGACCACAUCUACUACCUGCAGACAUGUGAGUCCAUGUGCAGCCCACUGGAGUCUGGAGACCUGCCCACUGUGCAGGUCAACCCUGAAGCUUCUUUUGAACCCGUGCGAGACGCCAUCUUGGACCUGAGGGAGAAAGUGGAGGAUCUGUGCAACCAGGAGCUUGGAAAGAUCACCAAACAAGUCAACGACACAACGCUUGAGAGAGACCAACCCAAGACCGAGCCCCACUCCCAGCCGCAGAGAGUCCCAGUCUCUGUGGAGCAGGUCCAGUCAGAACCAGCUUGCCCCAGCUGUGGCUCCCAGUCCAGCCCCAGCCCCGCCAACCCCAGUUCCAGCCCCAGCCCCAACUCCUGCCCUUACGCCUGCAUCAACCUCAGGUACCUUCCAUCGUUGACAUUUGCUGCCCCCAGCUGGCUAAUCUUGCACAGUUUCAGUCGGAUGUCAUCGAUCACCAGCAUCUUCCGCUCCCAUCGCCGUGGUACCACCCCAGCAACUCCAGUUGCCUCGACCAGUAACACCCUGUCUGCAGGAGGAAACCCAUGGGGGAUGUCUGCUCUGCCUGAAACACCAACAGAAGUCAACCCCAGCCUCUUCUUGGAUUUGCCCACCGCUGACACCAUGAAUCACACUCCUGCUUUCCCUGCAUUGAGAGAAAUCAACAUCGACAGCAUCCAGGCCCCGGACCCGAGGACCAGAGAGGAGUUCCUGCAGUACUCUGUGAACUUGACCCUUGACCCCAACACAGCCCACAGGCGGCUGGCUCUCUCAGAGGGCAACACUAAAGCCACCCUGCAGGGGGCAGCGCAGCCUUACCCCGACGCCCCGCAGCGCUUCGACGGCUGGACUCAGGUGAUGUGCCAGAGCCCGCUGUACGCCCAGCGCUGCUACUGGGAGGUGGAGUGGAGGGGCCGUGGGUCCUCGAUGGGGGUCGCCUACGGGGCCCUGAGCAGGAAGGGCUCAGACGCCAGGUCGGGGCUCGGCUACAACGCCCAAUCCUGGGCCCUGGAGCUGUCGGACACCUGCUGCUCGGCCAUGCAUGACAACGAAAAGAGGGACAUACCGGUCACCUACUCCCCCCGGCUGGGCAUCUACCUGGACCUGUCUGCGGGAACGCUGGCCUUCUACAGCGUGGCAGACAACAUGAUGCACCUCCACAGCUUCCGCGCCAACUUCACCCAGCCGCUUUACGCCACCUUCGGGGUCGGGAGUGGAGUCGGGGUGGGUCUGGACUUUGCUCUCGGCCAGUUCAGUUCAAGUUCUGACAGCAUCAAGAUCUGUCCCAUGUGAGGCUGCAGGCUCACGGAUGAUGAUGUCGGGACACAAUGACUGAAAGUUUUUGUAAAGUCUGCUACAUUUAAAUACACAUACAUGGAGAAAUGUGUUCUGAAAAUAACAAAAACAUGGCAUUGUUUACGUACCACUCUAGAGAUGAAAACAUGUUUCAUUUUUGACCCAGCCGAGAAAUUUAGCAAAGAUAUUCCUGAUCCCCAAAGGAAAUAUCCGACACCCGAAUGUGAACUCUUCCCAACCCUUAUUCCCUUUUUUCUCUCCAACAUCCAGGUCAAACCUUUCUGAGUCAUAAUAAACCGCAGAGACACCGA